AUGGUUUCUAAACGUUGUCUAGUGUCAUUUUCCAUUGGAGCUAAAUAUAGAGAUACUGUAUGGUGUGAUGUGGUCGACAUGGAGACGUGUCACCUGUUAUUGGGCAAGCCGUGGCAAGAUGAUAAAGCUGUUAUCCAUGAUGAAACAAAAAACAUGUACAGCUUCAUGUUGGGUAAAACCAGAUCGAUGUUGCUACAUAGCCCAUGGGCAGAGUCAAAACCUUCACAAGGGGAUGUUCAAUCCUUUGUAGCCAAGCAGGAGUUGACGGACACGGAAAGCAGCAUCAAAGGAGUGGUACCGGGGCCGAUAAAGGAGUUGUUGGGAAGAUUUGUCAACGUGGUCCGAGCAGAAUUACUGAAAGCGGUACCAUCAUUGCGAGACAUUCAACCUCAACUUGAUUUGGUUACGGGGUCAAAUGUUCCUAAUCAUCCGCAUGACAUCAAGAGUCCUAAAAAGCUUGAAGAAUUGAGGGAACAAGUAGAAGAACCCACUAAGUCACGCUGGAUUAGAGAGAGCUUAAAAAUGGAGUAA